CCGCUCUGACGUGGGUGCCCCCCCCCUCCCCGCCCGGAUUAGUGGCAGCUUGGCCUGACUCUCCGGGGCUCCUUCCCCCGCCCCCGCCUGCUGCCCUCCCCUGGGCAGGGGGCUGUUCCACCCGAGGGGCACUGUGCUUGCCCAGGGUGCUGGAGGAGGAAACCGGCGGAGCAGCUUCCCCACUCUCAGUUGCGCGUCUGGCGAUGGCGAUGAGAGGUCUUGCUGCGCUGUCCGCCGCGCUCUCCCUCCAUUAGCCGCGCUGCGCCGUGCUGCGCCCUCUCUGGUGCUUCUCUCCUGGGACCCGGGAUCGGGCCCCCCCUUCCAGGCACGACCCCCUCCCCCGGCCCUUCGGCCUUUCCCCCGACUCGGCCGUUUCCGACCCGGGGCGCACGUUCCCCCCGGCCCGGCUCCCACUCUCCCUCCGGGGGCACCCGCUCCCUAGCCCCGGCCCGGCCCUCCCCGCGGCGCAGCACGGAGUCUCGGCGUCCCAUGGCGCAACCCACGGCCUCGGCCCAGAAGCUGGUGCGGCCAAUCCGCGCCGUGUGCCGCAUCCUGCAAAUCCCGGAAUCCGACCCCUCUAACCUGCGGCCCUAGAGCGCCCCCGCCGCCCCGGGGGAAAGAGAACGCGAGCGCGCUGAGCAGAGAGCGGGAGAACGCGUCCUCGCUCGCCGGCCGGGAGGCCCCGGAGCCGGCCCAUGGGGAGCGGGCGCCCGGCGCCGGCCACGACGACCGCCGCCGCCGCCCGCGCCG